AUGCUGACUGAAGCCACGGCUUCGGUGUCCCAGUCACCGGUUUCCUCCACCAUGACGCUUGACGUGGGUUGCGCGACUACCUGGCAGCAAGGAGGGACGGCCAGUCGUAGAGGCGUUCAGAGGGUUCAGUGGGCGGAGAGUGACAGGUCAUCUCACUUUUUAGGAGCCGCGAGUGCUGCUGGGCUUUUUCGUGUAUGUGUGUCGGCCAUUUCGAGGUGA